AUGAGUGUUAAUAGACUUGCUGAUCUUCAAAAGGACACACUCAACAGACAAGACCAAGCCAGUCAACAGAACAACCAUGGAGGGUAUGAGAUGAGACCUUUAUUGUCUACCACAGGCGAUAUUUCCUCUGUCCAAGGAUUUCUUGACGAAAUUUCACAUAUCAAAGAAAGUAUUCAACAAAUCAAUUACAAUGUGAACCGUGUCAAGUCAUACCAACAGAGCAUGCUUCAAACAGCCGAUGCAAACGAACUCUCAAGAAACAGACAACAAGUAGACGACUUGACGACCGAGACACAGACCAUCAUGACACACGUCAAGCAGAAAUUGAAAGAAAUUGAACCUACUUCUCGACACACAGACUUGGCCAUGCGAAAGAACACAUUCAGUGCUGUCACACGUUCGUUUAUGGAGGCCAUUGAGAACCACCGUCGUGUGGCUGUCGAGUUCCAAAAGGCCGAAAGUCAGCAACUCGAACGACAAAUUAAGAUUGCUAAUCCAAAUGCAACACCUCAAGAUAUUCAAGAGGCCAUUGCUGGUGCAGAACAAGGGCGAAAUGCGGUGUUUGCUCAGCAAUUGAUGCAGUCUGUAAGUAGUGACUAUCGACGCCAAGGUGCACAGAACACAUUGGAUGCUGUUCAGGAACGUCAUAACGAUAUUCGUCGUUUGGCCAAGAGUGUUCAAGAAUUGUCUGUCUUGUUUGAAGAAAUGCAACAAAUGUUGGAAGCUCAGGCUAAAGUAUUGGACACGAUUGAACAAAGUGCUUAUGAAACCACAGGUCAGUUAGAGACAGGUGUUCAAUACGUUGAGAAAGCAAAGGCUUCUGCUAAAGCUACCCGUCGUAAGAAGUGGAUUUGUUUCUUUAUCUUUUUGAUAAUCAUCAUCAUUCUUGCUAUUGUCUUGGCUGUUGAAAUUCCCAAGAGCAAGAGUAAUUAA